AUUCGAAUCUAUCUCUCGUUGGUUCCAUAGCAGCUUUAAAUCAGGAAGUUUGGUAGUUACGUUGUAAAGGGCGGUGUUUUUGUUUUCAUUCACAAAGCCACGACCGUUGUGUAAGUGUAAAGCCCUUAGGUAUGGCAUGGCACUGAAUACCAAUCAGCUGCAUAAAUAGGCUUAUCUACACACUAAACAUUUCACCCAUACAUGUAUGGCAGUACAGUUGUGUAUGCAAGUACGGGAAUGUGUAGGGACGCAUCCGGUCUGCUUGGAGAAGACAAGAAACAAUGAGUGAGAUUUUAAAACUGGACUCCUAAGCAGCACACAUCGGAACUUAGGUUCCCGGAGAUAUGCUGUGACUGCACGAGAGCCGGUGUGACGUCACGGAUCACCCGGACACUGAUUGUCUACUCAUAAAACUUGGCUCUUAGAGAACACUGGAUUUCUGUGAAUCCCGAAUCUAUUUUCGUCACUGUCAGAGGCCUCGGUAACAGUGACAUCCUGUUGUACAUAAGGGCCGUCAACCUCAGGUGGGCUUCAUACAGAGUUGUGCUCACAGUCAGUUAUACAUGUGCACUGCCCUCCUAUCACACCGCAUUAGAAUAUUUAUGGGAACAGUGCUGACCGGUAUUAUAUAAUAUUUUUGUGCCAGGCUGCGUGAACUAUGCCGAUGUUUAAGAGAAAGGGACAAGGGUCCACCGAUGGUAUUUCUGACGAACCGGUGGUCAUAGGCGUUCAUAAGCUGGAAGGACUGGACAAUCUCGCGUUCCGUGAUGUAGAUCUAGGGGAAGGAUCUCGAGUCGGCCUGAGGCCUGGGGCCGCCCCAGGGGUUAGAAAGAGGGCUGAUCAAGGGAGUGGGGACGGCUUGUCAGCCAGUUCAAGCACCAGUAGUGGAAUCUUUACUAUUGAAGAACCUGAUAACGACCAAACAUCCGACACUCCGGAAAGAGCUAACGGAACGGCGCCCGACGGCACAGGAAAGACGCCACAAGGAACUCCCAGUGAUUCAAAAAAGAAUGAUGUCCAGUUGAAGAAAUCUCUGACUUUGAUCCACUGCACAGCCAUCAUGGUGGCGGUGACUGGAAGCUCUUCCGUGUUCAUCGCCCCUACGGCCAUCCUGGGGUAUUCGGGUUCCGUGGGUGCCGCCCUCAUCGUCUGGCUCGUCGGCGGACUCAUCAACCUCAUGUUGGCACUCUGCUUCGCCGAGCUUGGCACCCUCCUGCCGACGGCGGGUGGGCCUUACGCCUAUGUGAUGCGGGUGUUCGGGCCUCUGCCAGGCUUCCUUAUCAUGUGGGGCUACGUCGUUCUCAUCGCGGGGCCGUUCUGGGCACUGCUGGCGUACACGGCCGCCUUGUACAUCAUCCAGCCCGUGUUCUCCGGCUGCACUGUGCCGGUCUGGGCCAUACGACUGCUGGCCGGAUGGCUGAUGGUUACCUUUGUGGCUUUGAACUGUGUUUAUGUGAAGUACGUUACCAAAGUGCAGACGUUUUUGUCCAGCACUAAGCUCAUCGCUCUUCUCAUCAUCAUCGUUGGCGGCAUCUACCGAAUGGCAAUGGGAGAUGUUGAAAACUUUGAGGACCCGUUUGAGGGUACUACCAAAGAGCCAGGUCAAAUGGCGCUGGCCGUGUUCUCAGCUAUUUUCUCUUAUGGCGGAUGGCAGGUUAUGACAAGUCUAAUGGAAGAAGUGAAGCGACCAGGAAAAGAUCUGCCCCGAUCCGUUUACAUCACCUUCGCCAUUGUCAUCAUCAAAUACAUCCUCACUAACGUCGCCUACUUCGCUCUCCUCAGCAAAAGCGAAAUUUUGAUGUCCGAGGCAGUGGCAAUUCAAUUUAUCGAUCGGCUGUACAGUCCGCUAACAAUUCCUAUCUCUAUUAUGGUGGCAACUACAUCCAUUGGAGCCUUGAACGCUUCAAUUCUAGGUCAUUCCAGACUGCUGUUCGCCGGGGCCCGUGUGGGUCAUAUGCCCUCCGUGAUGGGGAUGGUUCACAAGAAAUAUCUGACCCCCUGGCCCAGCCAUAUUUGUCCUGGUGAGUAUUUUGCCUGGUCCACUGUGAUGCUCUUCACGGGAGGUGUGACCAUCAUGAUUGAGUACAUCAGUCUGUUCUCUACCAUCAUGGGCCUGGCCGUCAUUAUCUCCCUGCUCUACCUGCGUUAUAAGAAACCCGACGAGAAGCGACCCUACAAGGUUAAUCUGGCUUUCCCUAUCAUCCAGCUCGUGGUUAACGUGGCAGUGUUAGUUCUUGGUGUGUACCAGAAGCCCCGUCAGAUGGGCGUGGCUCUAAUUAUCCUCUUCGUCGGCAUCCCUGUCUACUGGUUCGGAGUCACGUGGAAACGGAAACCCAAAGGAUUCACCAAACUUAUAGAAAAAGCAACUUUAGCAAUUCAGUAUACCCUGGACCUCACCAAAACCGGCUGAGCCUGACGUGACCAUGGGUGGAGGGGGCAACUGUUGGAAGAGCCAUGUGCCACUUAUUGCUAGUGUAACACUUGCAGGGCAGGUGAAUACAGUGGAUAUAGCGUUAUUAUAGUCAUAAUACAUGUACAUUAUGGGGACAUUUCUAUGCCACAGUCUUUCAAACAUCAAAUUGCAAAAUGCAUACAUGUAAGGGGCGUAUAUACUUACUUAUACUUAGACUGCAUGAACUACAGAGUGCCUGUGGGUUGUAAGCGGUGCAUGAAUUGUGCAUCCUGAACUGUACCUGCCCCAGUAACACAUACAUACCUCACUUUGUUCGAGUCAAAAGACAUUAUCCAAGCUCACAAGUCAAACUGAAUACAAUUUGAGUGUUUGUGGAUAGUUCUAGAAUGUUAAAAUAAUAGAAUUCCGUCUCAUUACUUAUACCCCCACUGUCAGUGGUCUCAUUACUUAUACCCGCACUGUUAGUGGUCUCAUUACUUAUACCCGCACUGUUAGUGGUCUCAUUACUUAUACCCCCACUGUUAGUGGUCUCAUUACUUAUACCCCCACUGUCAGUGGUCUCAUUACUUAUACCCCCACUGUCAGUGGUCUCAUUACUUAUACCCGCACUGUUAGUGGUCUCAUUACUUAUACCACCACUGUUAGUGGUCUCAUUACUUAUACCCCCACUGUUAGUGGUCUCAUUACUUAUACCACGACUGUCAGUGUAUCCCAGUGUCCUUGACUGUGUAAUGUAUUAAUUUUGUUUUUAAUAUGACAAUAUUACCGUAUUGUUAAUUUAUUUUUUAUUUUUGUAGGUAUUUUGUACAUUUAUUAACUUUUAACUUGUAAAUAUUUCGUUUUUAUCAGUUUUUGUACAUUGCAACAAUAUUUUAAUUUUAUGUGUGCAUGUUAUAAUCAAGUAGUACACCUAAAAUAACAAGCUCAAAUUCACAAUAACUGCGACGUCCCGCGAGAAAGCAAUGUCGUCUUCCAUCCUGCGGUAUUUUAUCGGUUAUCAUCACCCCUCCGCUUGCGUUAUAAAUCCCUGGCGUGUAACGACACAUUGGCAGUAAUUCAGCCAUGCCGGGCCAAGUAUUUUACAUGAACGCAAUGUUUGCAAAUAUCAGCCGUUUCCAAAGCUCCAAAUGUAAGGUACACAUGUACCAGAUAAGUCACGAGACACUCUCACAAGGACAAGGUCACCUAGACUUAAAGUGUUGCCAGAUCCACAUGCCAGAUGAGCUGCCGAUGACAUCUAGGUACGAGUCACGUCUCAGUGGAUAAAUCGUACAUUGCCCAUGUCUUUCAGAAUGUGUACAGGUGUGCGCAAACCUUUGUGAUAUUCAUUUAUUUUGUAUGUUUGUUGAAUGUAUUAUUGUU